UUGCCUUCCCAGGAGUUUUGCUUUAUAUGGGAGGAUGGGGGCUGGAGCUCUGACCAUCUGUCACAACAAGACGGCGGUGCAGGUCAAAGAAGACAUGAAGAAGAUGGUGCAGAUCCCCAUGCUGAGACCAAGGAUGGUGGCAGCAAAGCACAGCAAGCUGUUUGGAGCGUCCCUGUUUGAGCUGCGGCAGAGGGGCCUGGUGGAGGACGGCGUGCCGCUGGUGGUGCAGAGGAUGGUGGAGCAUCUCAACAAACAUGCCCUGCAGCAGGAAGGCCUGUUCCGAGUGAAUGGGAACGUCCGGGCUGUGGAGACCCUGAAGCAGCGGCUGGAGGGAGGCGAGGAAGUGGACCUUCUCUCUGAGUCCGACACCUGCACCGUGGCCAGUUUGCUGAAGCGGUUUCUCAGGGAGCUGCCAGAGGCUCUGGUGGACUCCACAGUCCAGCAGGCUCUCAUACAGCACUACCAAGAGUGCGGUGAAGAUGGCUCCUGGUCAGAUAUGAGAGACCUGCUCCAGCAGCUUCCAGAUGUUCACCUCAGCCUCCUCCGCUACCUCUGCUACUUCCUCACACUUGUGGAGUGCAACCACAAGGACAACCGCAUGACUGCCCUCAAUCUCGCCACUGUGUUUGGACCCAGCGUCUUCCAUGUGGCUCCUGGGUUUGAAGCCAUGAAGGACCAAAAUAUCUGUAACAAGCUCAUGCUCAAGCUCAUCCAGAACUACAACAGCAUAUUUGAGGUCGACAAAGAAAAAGACGGCUGCUCAGAUGAACUAUCGACCCUCAUCAUUGACAAGUCCCAGGAGGUGCACGUGACGGACACAGACACAAAGAAGGCACCCAGCCACCUCAAUGCAAAGACACCGACACCAGUUCCCAGGACAAAAGUUGGAAAAAAAGAUGUACCAGAAAACUUACCCGGACCUUUGAGCAAAUCUACCUCUAACACCUCAAAGCCAAGAUCAAGGAGGAAGAAGGUGAAGAAAGGGAAGAGUGACAGCAUGCCUGACGUUGUCCUUCAGCCCAGCCACCCUGCACGGUCGCCUCAUGUGAUACCUCGCUCCUUUCCAAUAGUUUUGCCGCUAAGCUCUGAACUCAGAAGCCCGAGUCCAGAGGCGAUGGAGACAUCUCCCAUAACUCUGGCUCGCCGAGUCACCCCAGACCCAGCCUCGCGUCCGAGCCAUCUCGAUGUCAGCCCGUCUGGUAGCAUGGAGGCCCUCAGUAGUUCCCAAGAAGAAGAGAGGCCGAUAUCUCCCUUCUACAUGAGUAACCACCUCUCCCCUGCCCACUGCAGACCAGAUGUGGUGAAUUUUCUGGACAAGACCAUACGAUCAGCAGUAGAGCAGCACCUCUUUGACGUGGACCCUGUACGGGAUCAAAGUUCAGAGGAGUGUGAAUUAACAUCUCCAAAGGUGACGCCAACUGCGCGACAGAGACGGCGACACCAGAGAGAGCAGCAGGAGGAAGGACUCAGACAGCGAGAGAGGAACGGAGCUGCGUCCAUCACGGCAGACACCAACAAGGAGAACAUCCCGUCGAGCUGUUGUAGCAGCUCGGGCAGCGCGGGGGAGGACGCAGGCAGCGGCAGCGGCAGCGUGGACUCACAGGGAGGCCAGGCCGCUCGCACUGAGCGAACCCCCAAACCCAGGAAGUCAAAACACAGUCCCACGCUGCUGCUGCUCAAAGACAAUCGGGAUGCACACACAGUAAAGGAGUGCGUUGAUGAGAGACCUGGACCAAAGCACAUGGAUACAUCUCAGACUGGGUAUGGCAUUUCAAGAAAAGAUGGUCUUCCUUCUUCUCCACAGACGUUAAGGAUGAAGAUCCAGGAGUCGCCUGUCUCUUGUGACACGGGGAGGGUCAGCAGCGGAGAGGUGCGGGACUCGGACUGCGAGAGGACGAGCCGAGACGAUGUCCCCCGGCUGGACCUUACAGCUCUGACCGAGGACGACAACUGGGGAGAACCCGUCCCAGCGUACUCAUCAAUGCAGAGGGAGAGCAUGGACCGCGAGGAAGCUCGGCCGUCCCCUCACGCGGGGGGGCGAAUGAUCCGCCAGCUGCUGGAGGAAAACAGCGACCCCAUGCUGUCCCCUCGCUUCUACACCUACGGACACUGCCAGCAGUACCUGGACGACACCGAAGUUCCUCCCUCACCGCCCAACGCACACUCGUUUGUCAGUCGCAGACGGAGUUCAUCGCUCGGCUCCUGCGACGACGAGAAAGAGGAGAUGACCUCGGCUCAGCUCACAAAGAGGGUUCACAUCCUGAAGAAGAAGAUCCACCGAUUUGAGGAGAAGUUUGAAGAUGAGCGAAAGUACAGGCCCUCCCACAGUGACAAAGCUGCAAACCCAGAAGUGCUGAGGUGGCAAACUGAACUGUCUAAAGUUCGCAGAGAGCUCAAAGAGAGCAAGCUGAUGAAGUCAGAGGAGGACCUGCCGCCGCUGACCCGUCAACGCAGCAACACUUUGCCCAAAAGCUUCGGCUCUCAGCUGGAGAAGAAGCCGCAGCAGGAGAAGGUGCCGAAGCCGCCGGUGGAGAGCACGCUGGAGAGCAUUCUGAAGAAGCUGCAGGAGAAGAGGGAGGAGGUGAACCGGCCCGAGGACAUCAAGGAUAUGACCCGGGAGCAGAUCGGAGCAGAGAAGGUCGCCCUGCAGAAAGCGCUCCUCCACUACGAGAGCAUCCACGGUCGACCAGUCACCAAAAGUGAGAGGCAAAUCAUGAAGCCGCUGUACGACAGAUAUCGCCUGGUCAAGCAGAUCCUGUGCAGAGCCUCCACCAUCCCCGUCAUUGGCUCCCCCUCCAGCAAGCGCAGAGGGCCGCUGCUUCAGCCCAUUAUCGAGGGCGAAACCGCGCUCUUCUUCGAUGACAUCAAGGAGGAGGAGGACGGCUCCGAGGACGACGGCGACUCCAGGACUCAGUUCACCGUGACCGUGCGGCCCGACCUCAGCACGCUGGGCUUCCUCGACCACAUGGAGGAGGAGGCGGACGGCUUCAUCUCGCCAGUGGACGAGCUCUCGCCGUCUCAGAACACAACGGACAUGAGGCUGUCCAACCUGCACUCCGCCAGCAUGCCGGAGCUGGUGGAGCAGCUGCAGGAGACCAGAGAGGAGAAGAAGAGGAUCCGCAAAGACCUGAAAGAGUUCGAGGAGCAGUUCUUCAGACAGAACGGAAGGAAUGUGCAGAAGGAGGACCGCUCCCCGCUGGCAGUGGAGUACAACGAAUACAAGCACGUCAAAGCCAAGCUGCGGCUGCUGGAAGUCCUCAUCAGCAAGAGAGGGUCGUCCAAGCUCAUCUGAGGAAAAACGGAAAAGAAAUAAAUGACGGACCGUUGUUUAGUGUCACACACACAAACACAUCUCACCGCUGCAGGAGAUUUUCCUUCUCUGCCGCCAUAUGCGCUGCUCGUGUCUCUGGACGCAGCCUGUUCGUCCGUUCUGUCGAGCACAGCUGGCGUCUUCCUCCUGACGCAGCAGGAAGCUGCCGACCCACGACUGAUCCAGAGCCGCCAUGACGUCCACUGCUUCAUCUGAGAACUUCUUUCACCUUCACAAGAGACUUCAGCAGAACACACACACAUAACCUGAUCACACCUGUACUGCUAAUAAUUUAUUUCUAUUCAUUUGAAUAUUUUUAUCUGAACAGAAGUUAUUUUCCGCGCGCUUUACUGUAGAAGUCUUAAAAUAAAUAACUUGUAAGUCAAAUUAAAUAGAAAAUUCCUGCUAUUUUUAAAAGAAAGAUUUUGCGAAGAUCAAGAGUUGUGUAUUAUUUUUGUAAGGGAGACGUUACUAUACUUGUAUAAACUUCAAUCGGCUGAACAGUUCGCUCUGAACCGAUCACUUUCUUUAUUUCCGUUCGGACCGUUAUAUGAUGAUGUCUGAAAUAAUCUACUGUUGCUUCUCUGGAAGUUAAAUUGAGUCUUUGCUCACUAAAAGAAGUGGUUUCUAAUUCCCCCACGACCCAAAGACACUCAGAGAACAAACCGAACCAAACUGGUUCAUUAUAUUCAAUAAAAAAAUGUAUUUUUCUUGGUCACUGGUACAGAACUAAACAUUUGACUGUAUAUUUAUCUAUUGACAAGUUUUUCCGCCCAUUUCCUUUGUGUCAAAUAAGCUAUUUUCUCUUCUUGAAUCACUGGUAUGUUUGAGCUCCGAACUGAGGUUGUUCUGAGACGAGGACGGAGGUGGUCGCUCCUGCGUCUCCUCCUCCUUCUCUCCAGAGCUCCUUCUCUUCUUCUGUAAAUACUGAUCACUAUGUAUGUUUACAUUUCUGUGAGCAAGUACUUAUUUCUUUUUUUUCUCCAAAAUGGAUGAUUAUCAGUGUGAAUUUGGUUUUUGCUGAAUUCAAACACUGGCAAGGCUUAAUGAGUUUUGAGUGUGUACAUUUUAGUACAUAAAUUGUAUUUGUAUUUUGUACAUAUUAUGAAUGAAAUCAUAUUUUUACUGAA